AUGACAGACGUGCAAUACGGGAACAGUAAGACGCCGGAAGGACCAAUGAAGACAUUGGAAUUGGAGCACAGGACGGCAGAAAGUGAAGAUGUUUCGAUUGAAGAUGAAGAGGAGGAGGAGGUUUUAAGAGAAGGAUGGGGGAACAAGAUGGACUUCAUCAUGGCGUGUAUUGGUUACGCCGUGGGGUUAGGAAACGUCUGGAGGUUCCCGUACCUAUGCUACAAGAAUGGAGGAGGAGCAUUUCUCAUUCCAUACUUCGUGUCUUUGGCGAUGUGUGGAGUUCCAAUGUUUUUCAUGGAAGUUACUUUGGGACAAAUGCUGCAGACGGGAGGUAUCGGAACAUGGGAUAUAUUCCCAGCCAUUAAAGGUGUUGGUCUGGCCGCCGCCACAAUCGCUGCCAUGCUGAACGUGUACUACAUCAUCAUCGUGUCGUGGUCUCUCUUCUACAUGUUUGUUUCUUUCACGUCCGUAUUGCCUUGGAACGACUGUAGAAAUUAUUGGAACAAUGAGUUCUGCAGCGAACUUGAACUUCAGGCAACUUUGCCGAGUGACGUAAGGAAAGAGUUCUUCCUGUCUACGAACGGGUCUCUACUGCCGAAGAAGCUUGGAGAGUCGGCAGCAGAGCAGUACUGGGAGAGGAGAGUUCUACACGUCAGCUCAGGCUUUGAUGAGAUUGGAGGCCUUCGAUGGGAUCUCCUUGGAUGCCUCGCUCUCGCUUGGGUCUUAACUUUCCUCUGUAUCUGGAAAGGUGUCAAAACCACUGGAAAGAUCGUCUGGUUUACGGCUCUUAUUCCUUACGUCAUCCUUUUGAUUCUUCUCAUCAAUGGACUCCUCCUGGAAGGCUCAACGGCUGGUAUCAUUUAUUAUGUCACUCCAACCUUUGAUAAGCUGACGGAACCAGCGGUAUGGGUGGAUGCAGCGACGCAGAUCUUCUUCUCGUACGGUGUUGGUAUUGGUUCUCUCAUCUCACUCGGUAGCUACAACCCCUACCGGAAUAACUCACUUAUAGACACCGUUGUUGUAGGUAUUGUAAAUGCGGCUACCAGUCUAUUCGCUGGUUUCGUCAUCUUUGCCAUUCUUGGUUACAUGGCAUUUAUACAAGAAGUAGACGUAAAAGAUGUCGCUGAUGAAGGGCCUGGUUUGGCGUUUGUUGCGUAUCCCACCGCAGUGAAUACGAUGCCUGGAGCUCCAUUCUGGUCAAUCUUGUUCUUUGCUAUGUUGGUCAUGCUCGGCUUAGAUAGUCAGUUCUGUGUCGUGGAGGGAUUCGUUACGUCUCUUAUGGAUGGUUUCCCCGAGUUGAAACUGAGACAGCGACGUACAGGUUUCAUCGUAGGUAUCUGCGUUGUGGAUUUCUUUCUUGGUUUUAUGUGCUUCACUGAUGGUGGAAUUUACAUGUUCCAGUUACUGGACUCCUAUGCAGCGAGUGGUAUGCCUCUACUGUGGGUCGCAAGCUGGGAAUGUAUCACAAUAUCGUAUGGCUAUGGUAUUAAGAAAUACUACAAUGACGUCAGCACUAUGUUAACCUUCACCCCAGGGUGGUUCUGGCCAAUAAGCUGGGCUAUCCUUACCCCUGUCGUAACAGUUGGCAUAUUUAUAUUCAACUUGGUGGCUUAUUCAGCGCCUAAAUUUGGUCCAGAUUACUAUUUCCCAAUCUCUGGUGAGAUAUUAGGAUGGAUGAUGGCGGUUGCCGCUAUGCAGUGGGUUCCUUCCUACGCCGUGUACCUCUUCAUUGUCACACCAGGAUCAGUCAGUGAGCGCCUACGUUACAUGGUCACACCAAGAGUCUUCCCAAAAGAGAAGGAAAACCCAGUACUUGAUGACGUCAGCAUGGAUGGAUCACCCGGGGGUGCUAAACAAGUUAAGAAGAUAACCGCCCAUGAGAACGAGUUCGAUAACAAAGCCUUCACUAAAGACAAUGGAGAUGUACACGUUGAUGUAGGUAUUGGGGACGAGGAUGAUGCUUUGUAG